GUUCGCGGAACACCUCGCAGCGAUGCGCGCGCCGCCCGCCGCCGCCGCCGGCUCUGGCCGCGGCUGCGCCUCAACAGCCAGUCGCCCGCCGGGACGCGCCGUCUACGCAUCGCUCCCCUCCACUGGCGUCGCUGCUGUAGAGAUGCGGCCCGCCACCACCACCAGACACCUGCAGUCCGUCAGGAUCGUCAUGAUCGCCGUCGAGCUGGUGCUAUCGUGUGCGUGCGCAGUGGUAUUGCUGCCGAUGCUGGACGAGUGCUGGCGCAUGCGCACGAGCGUCGUGCAGAUGACGGCGUUCAGCUGGUACUCCUUCACGGCCGUGACGCGCCUAAUCUCCUACCUCAACCGCGACUUCAUGCCGCCCAAGAUUGAGCGGCUGCACGUGAUGGCCGGCGUGGCGCUGUUCUCGGUGUCGGGCGCGCUGGGCGUGGACGGCGCGUGGCGCGGCGGCCGCUGGGAGGACCGCGAACUGGCGGCGGCCGUGCUGGCGCUGCUGGCGGCGCUGCUGCUGAUGGCCGACGUGGCCGCCUCCUACGGCGGCGCGCGCGCGCUCGACGGCGACCCGGCCGCCGCCGGCCCGCCCUACUGCUCGGUGCGCUCUGCCGCCUCCGCCGACGACGCCGAAGCCGCGGACGACGCCCCGCCGCCCCCCUACGCGGUCGCCGUCGCCAGCCGCCCCGGCUGCCCACCCGCGACGCGAUGA